GGCAAACAGCAAACUACCUUAACCGACAAAAGGGAGAGGAGAUCGCCUCACGUUCCUUCUUCCUCAUUUUCCCACAGAACAUGUCCACCCAAAAGGUUUUGAGAACCGCCAGUACUGUCCUCCCGUCAAUCCCUCCUUCGCUCUCGAACCAAGAGAUCGCCCAACAGAUAGCUCAAACCCUUAUCAACUCGGGCGUUAAGCACCUCCAGACCACUCCAUCCCUACUUUCCUAUCUCAAUUCCGACAUCACUCACCUUGUUCUCUCAGACCCACAUGUCUCGUCGCAGUCUUGCUCGAGUUUCUUCAACUUUUUGCGAAGAAAUGAAUCCUGCACUUCACAAAAACUCGAUCUUCGGGCCCACGUUACUCUCAUUCGUAGGUUAUAUGGGGCUCGAAAGUUUGCCCAAAUGAAGACUAUGUUGAAUUGUAUUGUGACCGAUGAUAAUCUACGAUGCCCGGUUCCGAUCAUCAUUUCGUUGAUUGAGGAUGGCUAUAGUGAGCCCACAUUUGCUGAGAAGUUGUGUGAUAUGCUAAUGAGGGUUUACGCAGAUAAUAAAAUGUUCAAAGAGGCUAUCGAGGUUUUUGAUUAUAUGGCAAAGAAUGGGUUUGAGAUUGAGGAGAGAUCUUGCUUCGUGCUUUUGCUUGCUCUGAAGAGGUCUGAUCGAGCGGAGGAGUGUUUGGGGUUCUUCCGUCGAAUGAUUGAGUCGGAUGUUUUGAUUACGGUUUAUUCCAUGACUAGUGUGAUUAACGGGCUGUGUAGGAGAGGAGAGAUGGAAAGAGGUAGGGGAUUGAUGGUUGAAAUGUUUGAUAGAGGGAUUAAACCCAGUGUGAUCACUUAUAAUACAUUUGUAAAUGCAUAUGUUGAAAGAAAGGAUUUUGUGGGUCUCAAUGAGAUCUUGAGCUUGAUGGAGAAGGAUCAAGUAACAUACAAUGCAGCAACUUAUACUAUUUUGAUUGAAUGUUAUGGGAGCUCUGGCAAUAUUGAGGAGGCUGAGAAACUGUUUGAGGAAAUGCAUAAGAAAGGGAUAAAAGCAGAUGUUCAUGUUUAUACUUCAAUAAUUAAUUGGAAUUGCAGAUUAGGAAACAUGAAAAGGGCAUUUGAGCUGUUUGAUGAAUUAAAUGAGAGAGGCUUUGCUCCUAAUGUUCACACUUAUGGGGUCCUAAUUAAUGGUAUAUGCAAGGCGGGACAGAUGGAAGCAGCAGAAAUGUUGGUAAAUGAGAUGCAAAGCAAAGGGCAUGACCUAAAUCGAGUUAUAUUCAAUACAUUGAUGGAUGGGUAUUGCAAAACAGGGAUGGUAGAUGAAGCUCUAAGACUGCAGGGUUUCAUGGAGAAGAAAGGAUUUGAAUCUGAUGAGUUUACUUAUAAUGUAAUUGCUAGUGGGAUGUGCAAGUCAAAUAGGCACGAAGAUGCAAAAAGAUUGUUGUUCAUAAUGGUAGAUAAGGGUGUGACUCCAAACACUGUUAACUUGACUACCUUGAUUGGCAUGCAUUGCAAGGAAGGAAACGUUGGGGAAGCAAAGAGGGUGUUCACUGAGAUGGAGAAGAAGGGACAGAAACCAACUACAGUUACGUACAAUGUUUUAGUUGAUGGUUAUAUCAAGAAAGGAAAGAUGAAAGAAGCUCAUAGGCUAAAAGAGGAGAUGGAAGACAAGGGGAUAAUGCCAGACACAUAUACCUACACAUCCCUUGUACAUGGUGAAACUGUUUAUGGCAACGUGGAUGAUGCACUAAAAAUGUUUGAAGAAAUGUCUUCCAAAGGUUUAGUUCGGACCGUAGCCACUUUCACAGCUAUGAUUUCAGGCUUGUCUAAGGUGGGGAGGUCAGAUGAAGCUUUUAAAUUGUAUGAUGAAAUGAUGAAGUCAGGUCUAACACCUGAUGAUAGAGUAUAUUCUUCACUUGUGAGCAGCCUUCACCAAGUCAGCCCUUCGCUCUGAUACAUUUUUUAGGUUGGGUUGUUUCUUUGUUACAUAUUUUGGAGCUUGACAAGUUAAUUUUGGGGCCUCAAUUUCAUCUAAAUCGAUUGUUCAUAAGCUAAUUUACUGAAAAUAUGAAUAUGCUUGCAACGAUCCAAAUAUCUGGACUAGCAAACAAACUAGAGCGUCAGAAACUGUAAGAACCAAAAGCAUAUUUUAAUGACUAUAUUAUUUAUCCUUUUCA